AUGCCUGUAUACCACCGCACUCACCACCGCACUCGCCACCGCACUCACCACCGCACGCCUGCCCAGCAGCGCACGCCUGCCCGUCAGUUUAAGCUAGACACCGUUUCGAACACACAGAAAUGGGCGACGAUUAAACUUUCGAUCAUAUCAUUCGUUAUUAUAGUCUGGGUCCUUACACACUACCUCACAGAGAGAGGCCACACAACAGAGACUACUACCUCUACUGGCACAGGUGGUGCUAGCGCUAGCGCCUCUUACACGGCACCCUCCCUCUCUCGCUUUACUGAUGCUGCGGACGCUACCAACGUGGACGCGGCCGUACUCAUCGGCGGUAUCUCGAUGGCUCUUCUUGGCGCCUAA